AUGAGCUGGGAAGACGCCAGAGCGAACUGCUUAAGACAUGGAGGUGACUUGGUUUCUAUUCUGAAUUCCGCGGAAGUUGAUUUUAUUAACAAGCAAACAAAAGGCAUGGGAGAUAAUUGGUUCUGGAUUGGGCUGUUCCGCAACAAGACGACCAGUGAUCCAAAGGAAGGCUGGAUCUGGAGUGAUGGCAAUAAUUUUACAAAUCCUCAGCAGUGGCUGCCGCGUGAACCAAAUAACUACCAGAACAAUGAAAAAUGUGCCCAAUUUUACGCAAAUAGCAAACGGUGGAUUAAUUACAACUGCGCUGACUUAAUUCCUUCGAUAUGCAAAACGAAAAAAGGUACUGAAUUCAUGUAA